GAAGAAUAUUUUUAGGACGGAGGGACUCCGUAAUACAUUUCAUUUUCAAUCCUUUGAAUUAAAGAGAGAGAUGGAACGUAUGAUUUUGAAUUGGGCUGGUUGAUAAAUGGGCUCCGGCACAAAAACUAGGUUUCAGCCCAACCCAAUGCUCCAAACUAUAUAGGGUUCCCUGCUCUGGCCUUUCCUCCCAGCCGCACCGUUCUUCCUCAUCUCCCACCCAUCCACCAGUUUUCUUGAAGACGAGGGAUUUGAGCAUUCGUUUCCGGAAAAUUUUGCGAAGAUGAUGAACGAGGAGGGAAAAAAUAUGGAUCUCUACAUUCCAAGGAAGUGCUCUGCCACGAACAGGCUGAUCACUUCUAAGGACCAUGCAUCUGUUCAAAUCAAUAUUGGGCAUUUAAAUGAGCAAGGUCUGUAUGUUGGGGCCCAGACCACCUAUGCCUUGUGUGGAUCUGUGCGUUCUCAGGGAGAUGUGGACAGUGCCAUAGACAGGCUCUGGCAGAAGACCAAAGCUGAAAUCAACCAGCAGUAGUGUGAUCUCUCAAAUUUGAGCUUCCCAUUAACUUGCAUGGUUCAUCUGUGCUUUUAUUUUAUUAGUUAAAACUUCAAAAUUUGAGACGAUCAAACUAUUUUCCUGUUAUAUUUUGUUUUGACAUAUUGUUGUGCAAGUGAUGACAUUGUUGUCCUCGAUGCGUUUGCAGUGUUGAACACCUUUCGAAAUUGUUUUUUUGAAGCAGAGUAAGUCGUUUUGGUCAUCAAUUUAGAAAAAAAACUCAACCAGUUAGCCAUUCACUUGUUAUAAAGUAUGAAGUAGUAAGGAAUUUUGCAUCUCCCUAGUUUUAAUAUAUACUGUUGCAUCAU